UCUUCUCUUUUUUCUUCUUCUGGUAGCAAACCGGAGUAAAAAGGAGCAAAGAUUUUUUGCUCCUGUUUACUCCGGAGUGACUUCCGUGUACUGGAACAAACCUAAUAUUUAAUCCCUGGACGCCUGUUGGGUCAUCAUUUGACCAGUAUUACUACACCAGUUAGCAUAGUCGUUAAUAUAAACUGAGGACGUUAAGAACAUUUCGAUAGAAUGUCUUUGUUUGACGAGACUAGCUCGGAGGACGAGGUAGCUCAGCUUCCGAAAUUGAUCGAGGUUAGAGAUGAAGCGACAACCCCGCAGCCCUCUGGUAUCCACGAUGUCGACAAAAGCUUUCUAGAAAAGAUAGUAGAAGCACUACGUAAUUCACCUGCCGAUCCCGAGAAGGGAACGUCUAUCGUUCGUAUCAAGGCAUACCUCAAGGAAAAGUACCGUAUUCGCAAAGCGGAGAUGGGCAAGAUGCUGAAACCAGCCAUGGAGAAUGCCAUGCAAAGGAAGAUAGUAAUAAAAACGACGGGAAACGGGCUUCUGACUGGAUCUGUACGAUUGAAUUCAAACUACGCUGUAAAAAAGGAACAUUCUCACGCAACCCUUAAGCAGCAAGGAUAUCUAAGUGAUUCUGCAUUGAAUCAGGCCGUGGAAGUAGUUACCACUAGAAAGCGUAAAGCUACCGUGGAUACUGACAGGCCAAUGAAAAAGCGGUUAGUUAUCCAGCGGCUUGGUUAAUUUGUUAUAUGAUUCAAGUUGUCUCCAGAGCUCCGAGUUUAUUCGGAGUAUUUGCUAGUGAGGCAUUUGUUUACUGUUUAAUUAUAAUUGCUAUUUUUUGUUGAAUAUAGUAUACCCGUUAGAUUAUCUUGUUUCUACUACGAUUAUAUACAAUUGUACAAUUUAUGCGAUAGGUCAUCAAUGAAAAUAAAACACAUUCGGAAAACCGAGUUGAUUCUAAACAAUUAA